GUAUACAAUUUAAAUAAAAAAGUUACAUAAUUUUAAAUAGAAAUGAAUAAUCACGAUAGCAAUAAUUACGAAUAAGAAUAAGAAGAAGACGAAGAAUAAAGAAUUAACUUUUAUUAAAUAAUAAAAAGAUUAAGAGAAGAUGGGGAAAAUUCUCCCGCAUCUCGUUUGGUCUACGUAGCAUAUUUUAACGAAACUUUAUUAUAAACGUAAAAUAUCGACAUAGAAAAGAUGAUGGAAUAACGUAAUAAAGAUAAGACAGAACAUGGGAAAUAUAUAAUAUGA